UAGGGCUGCGACGAAACGGAUGUAAAGCGGAGUAUCCGCAAAUAAAACUAUGAGCAAAAAGAGUCGUGUUUGGAAUUAUUUCUACAAAGAAAGUGAUACUGUCGCAACUUGUUGUCUAUGCAAUAAAAACUAUUCUAGAAAGGGUCGUGGUACAACAUGUCUACGAAAUCAUUUAAAGAGCAAACAUCCUGGCGAAUUUCAAACAAUGUCCGAAAACGACAUGAAGUACAUGGUGAAAACGGAAAUGAACGUAGGUGCUUCCUCUCGCUCGCACCUGCAGUUACAAACUGCAGAUCCGCUGGAAGUGCAAAGACAUGGGAACUCGGAUGAAAUAUAUGCAUGUGAUGAGAAACUAGCUCUCAUGAUAGCGCAGAGCGAUCAUUCCUUUAACAUCAUAAAUGAAAUUGGCUUUAUAAAUUUUAUCAAAGUAUUGCAGCCACGAUAUAAAAUUAACACUAUUAGUUACUACGAGAACAUAUUAAGCCAAGAUAUAUAUCAGCAAAUGCAGUCACAACUGAAGCAGCAAUUAUCCAUGUUUGACUCCGUCUCACUCUCCACAAGCCUUUGGUGUGACCCAAGUGGCCAAGGGCUGCUAAGCUUGUGCUGUUACGGCAUUUCCAGUGACUUCCAGCCCAGGCAAUUCCAUUUAAAAUGCGAAGCCCUCGAUGAAAGGCACACUAGUGAUAUUGCAUGCCGCAUUCGAAAUAUGAUUUCUAAUACCAGCCUGGAACUACAGUUGCCCAAAGAAAAAAUUCAUUGCGUUGUCAGAGAUGAGGGCACUUGCACACAGGGCGCUGUUGUGGCGUGCAGUGUUCAUCUAUUACAAAUCUGUGUAAAAUAUGCAAUCGAAUCGAAUGAGCACAUAAAGCAACUAGACUCCAAAUGUCUACAAAUUGCCAAGCACUUUCAACAAUCUCACAUUGCAUACAAUCAUUUGAGAUACAUUCACGAGAAGCGUUUAAGUCGGGAACCAUUUGACGCAUUAACAGAAACUGAAGAUAAUUGCGUCAAGUGGAAUUCAAUAUUUCGUUUAAAAGCCCAUUUGCUUAAACUAAAAGAUGCUCUCUCUAUUUAUGCUGAGGAAUAUAACAUGCUAAAGAUUUAUCCGGAUGAAUGGCUGGAUAUUGAUUUAUGUAAUAGGGUAAUACAACCAAUUGAGGAAAUCCUUAAUAUAUGGACCGAUUCGACUGCAUCUUCUGUUAUUCCAUUAAUAGCAGCUCUACGGGAUUCACUUCGCACAGAUAUCCACAACUUUGUGUCCUCAGUGACCAUUUGUUCAUUUGCUCGCACAUUACUGGAAGAAUUGGAAUCAAAAUGUUCAUCCAUGACAACAGAUAUAAAGUAUCUUAUGGCUACAUAUUUGGAUCCGCGGUAUAAACAGGCCUUUUUCACCCAACAAGAGGCACAGUUGGUAACUGAAGAGCUCUUGACACAACUAUCCAGAGUUCCACUUCACGUUUGGCAGCCAACAGUAAAGAUAAAUAAAACUAUACCCAACCCCAAUGCAAAAAUGGAGUCAAAAAUUGAUUCCUUUCUGGAUAAUAUGCUCACAUUAGACAACAACAGCCCUGAAGCAAGUACUUCGUUCCAUUCUCAAUCUCAACUCAAAAAUCUAUUGUACUUGUACAACUCUGAGCCGAGAAUUGAACGUCAGACCGACCCUAUAACCUGGUGGAAAUCCAAUCCCAAAUAUACUGCCUUGUUUCCAAUUGUUAGAAGGUAUCUUUCCAUACCAGCAGCAAGUAAUGCAAGCGAACGUUUAUUUCGUAUAUCUACUAAUCUUUACAGUGAUAUGAAAUCGGGUCUGUGUUCCGAAAAUGUAUCUAAGGUAUUGUUUGUUAAAGCUAAUCUUAAAGUUCUAGAACAAGUAUGAGUUCACAAAUAAAUUGUGAACAAUUCCAAUUACAAUCAGUAAGCUAAAUAAAAAUUUUAAUGGAAUAAAAAUAACAGAUUAAUUGACGAAAACA